AUGAGAAAUCGCAGAGGCUAUUAUAAAGGAAAUGAAAAUGGAAAGGUAGCUGGUUCAGGUGCUAUCCGUCCUGCUGCACUCAAAGCUAUUCCAACAAAGUCAGUAGGGGCGUUACAAUCACUACUGCAAAAAGAAUAUGGGAAGAGGAUUCAGUACCAGAUGCCUAGAAAACAGGAUAUCCUAUUAAACUACCUCAGAAUGGGGUUAUGUUGCAGUGUAGAAAUUGGCGAAGUGCCAUGCUUUUAUCCACUUCCAGUUAAUUCUAAGAAGCGUAUUCCUAGAAAGAAUGAAAGAAGCACUGAAUCAGAAACUAAGUUCGGAGCAAGUCCUAAAAUGCAUGCACAUCAGGACUGGUUUGAUGAAAACAAAGAGGCCAUAGACAACCUGCCUGAUGGAACCAAACUCACUACUGACAAGCCUGGUAUUCUUGACAGGUGGGCAGAGCAUUUCAAUUCGGUUAUAAAUAGGUCAUCUUCAAUCAGCAAGGAUGCUAUAAAUCAUCUACCUCAGAUCCCAAUCGACACAGCAUUUGACGACCCUCCAUCUGGCACAGAGACUCUGAAAGCAAUAAAGCAAAUCUCAGCAGGCAAAGCUUUCGGAACCGAUGCUAUUCCAGUCGAGAUUUAUAAAUCUGCUGGACCACGGAUGAUUCAGAAAUUGACCAAACUUUUCAGUCAUGAAUUAUCAGAUGAGCAAAAAGAAUACCAGGACUUAGCCAGGAAAUUUAGCAGAGAGGAAAUUGUCCCAAAUGCUCCUCACUAUGAUAAAACAGGGGAGUACCCAUGGGAUAUCAUUAAGAAGGCCCACGGUUUGGGUUUGAUCAACAUGCACAUUCCUAAGGAACAGGGGGGAUUGGAUCUUGGCAUCUUUGACACCUGCCUGGUCACAGAAGAACUAGCAUAUGGCUGUACAGGGAUACAAACCGCUAUUGAGGCCAACUCGCUUGGGCAAAUGCCUGUUAUAAUUGCUGGGAACAAAGCUCAAAAGGACAAAUAUCUAGGUCGCAUGCUGGAGGAACCACUAAUGUGUGCAUAUUGUGUCACUGAACCAGGAGCGGGGUCAGAUGUAGCAGGGAUCAAAACUAAAGCCGUCAAGAAAGGAAAUGAGUACGUUAUUAAUGGCCAGAAGAUGUGGAUCACCAAUGGGGGCCAUGCUAACUGGUAUUUUGUGUUAGCCCGCACUGCAGAGGAUCCUAAGACAUCAGCAGGCAAAGCUUUCACAGGAUUCAUCGUGGACAGGGAUACACCAGGCCUUACUGUGGGAAGGAAGGAGUGGAAUAUGGGGCAAAGGGCUUCCGACACAAGAGGAAUAACUUUUGAAGAUGUUGUAGUUCCUGCAGAGAAUGUUUUGGGUGCAGAAGGCAUGGGAUUCAAAAUAGCAAUGGGAGCUUUUGAUAAAACAAGACCACCGGUGGCAGCAGGAGCUGUUGGACUGGCACAGAGAGCUCUAGAUGAGGCCACAAAAUACUCCAUGGAAAGGAAAACCAUGGGAAAACUCAUCUGUGAGUUUUAA